AUGAGCGCCGAACCACCGGUACCAGAGACGAGUGUCCUGGCCGUUGCCAGCCAUGUCGUCUCCGGGCACGUGGGAAACAAGAUUGCCGUCUUUGUUCUGCAGUCCAUGGGCUGCGAUAUCGCCGCCCUCAACACCGUCCAGUUCAGCUAUAGGCAAUGGAAGGGCACGCGCGUAUCGGCACAGGAGAUCACAGACCUCUGGGACGGCCUGAAGCAGUCCUACCUCGACCGCUUCGACAUGAUGCUCUCGGGCUACGUACCCGGCGCUGCCGCCGUCGAGGCCGUAGGCAACAUCGCGAAGGAGCUGAAGGAGAAGGCCAGGUCGAAACCGGGGAGCUUCUUCUGGGUGCUGGACCCGGUCAUGGGCGACAAUGGCAAGCUCUACGUUGCCGAUGAUGUGGUGCCGGCGUACAGAGGCCUGAUUCAACACGCCGACUUGAUCUUACCGAACCAAUUCGAGGCCGAGCAACUCUCCGAAGUUAAGAUCACCGACUCGGCCUCGCUCCGCCGCGCCAUUGAAGUCCUGCACACCAAGUUCAACCUUCCGCACAUCGUCAUCACCUCGGUGUCCCUCCCCCUCAGCGACUCGCAGGCCGCCUCGCCGACGCGCACCAUGUCCGUGGUGGGCUCGUCGCGCACCUCGGCCGGCGCCGCGCGCCUCUUCAAGAUCCACUUCCCCGUCUUCGAUUGUUACUUCAGCGGCACCGGCGACAUGUUCGCCGCACUCAUGGUGGUGCGCAUGCGCGAGGCCGUCUAUAAGGCCCCCAGCGGCACCCUCCGCGACGCCCCCAGCUGGCUCAGCCCCGACGACGUCGACUCCCUCAGCUUGCCUCUGGCCAAGGCCGCGGAGAAGGUCCUGGCCAGCAUGCACGAGGUGUUGAGCCGCACGUGCGAGGCCAUGGAGGCCGAGAUGCGGCGCGAGACCGCCGACGGGGGCCUGCUGCUGCAGACGCAAGGACUGUCGGAGGAGGAGGCGCAGAAGAAGCUGCACUUGGUCAGGAGCAGGGCGGCCGAGCUGAAGCUGGUCCGGAACCUGGGAUGUCUCAGGAGUCCGAACAUCGAAUAUCGAGCUGAGAAGAUGUAG